CGCGGCGGGGCGGCGGGGCGGCGGGGCGGCGGGGCGGCGGCGCGGCGGGGCGGCGGCGCGGAGUCUCUAUCCGCAGUUGCGAAGCUGCGGCGGCCGUGUCGUGAUGGUGUAGCAGGGCGUGCGGGCGGGCGAGGAGGCCGGCACGGCCCACGCCUCCUGGGCGGCUCGGUGCAGCGACGGCACGCUGAGGGGGCGUCGCCGCCGCUGGCCCCCGGCGCCCCGGGAGGCCGCGCCCGCCAUGGCGGCCCGGGUAGUGCUGGACGAGUUCACGGCGCCCGCGGAGAAGGCGGCGCUGCUGGAGCGGAGCCGCGGACGCAUCGAGGCUCUGUUCGGCGUGGGCUUGGCGGUGCUCGGCGCCCUCGGGGCGGAGGAGCCGCUGCCCGCGCGCAUCUGGCUGCAGCUCCGCGGCGCGCAGGAGGCGGUGCACAGCGCCAAGGAGUAUAUCAAGGGGAUCUGUGAGCCCGAGCUGGAAGAGAGAGAGUGCUACCCCAAGGCCAUGCAUUGCAUUUUUGCCGGGGCACAGAGCCUCUUUUUGAAGAGCUUAAUUCAGGAUACUUGUGCUGACCUCUGCGUUUUAGACACUGGGCUUCUUGGUAUCCGUGGCAGCGCUGAGGCUGUGGUCAUGGCCAGGAGUCACAUACAGCAGUUUGUGAAGCUCUUUGAGAAUAAUGAGAACCUCCCCAGUAAUCAGAGAGAGUCGGAAGUCAAACGGGAAUUCAGACAGUUUGUUGAAGCCCAUGCAGACAGUUACACAAUGGACCUGUUGAUUCUGCCUACUUCCUUGAAGAAGGAACUACUGAGUCUCACACAAGGGGAAGAGAAUCUGUUUGAAACAGGAGAUGAUGAUGUCAUUACUGUUGGAGAUGUGCGGCCACCAGAGUACACACAGAGUGCUGCGACGGGACUGAGUAUUGCUAGAGAUGAAAUUGUUGUAGAGGAAGAUUCCAGAAAUAAAGCUAGGACCCCUGUUUCUGAGCUUACAAAACAAAUGGACACAGUCUUUUCCAGUUCACCAGAUGUGCUUUUUGUUCCAGUGAAUGGUCUAAGUCCAGAUGAAGAUGCUUUUUCCAAAGACAGAGUUUGUCAUAAGAGGAGGUCUUCUGAUACGGAAGAAAGGCAUACCAAGAAGCAGUUUUCCUUAGAGAAUGUUCCAGAAGGGGAGCUUUUGCAAGAUGGUAAGGCAUCAGCUGGAAAUGAAGUCAUUGACCUGUCUGAUACUGCUUCAAACUCUACAAACCUAAGCCCGGAUGGAAAAGACACUACAGAAGAAAUGGAAUACAAUAUCCUUGUUAACUUCUUUAAAACCAUGGGCUAUUCCCAGGAGAUUGUUGAAAAGGUCAUUAGGGAGUAUGGUCCUUCUACAGAACCAUUAUUGCUCUUAGAGGAAAUUGAAAAAGAAAAUAAAAGGCUCCAAGAAGACAGAGACUUUCCACCUUGCACUGUGUAUUCAGAGGCCAGUCAGAGCAGAAGUGCAGGACUUGGGAGCACUACAAAUGAGCUUACAACAGAUUCUACUCCAAAGAAAACACAGAGUCACACAGAGCAAAAUAUGGUAGAAAGAUUCUCUCAGUUACCGUUCAAAGACUCUAAACAGUGUACCUCAAAUUGCAGAAUUAAUUCUUUCAGAACAGUGCCAGUAGGACAGAAACAUGAAAUCUGGGCUUCAAAGCAGAACUCAAAUUGUACUGUAGACCUGGAAACUGAUGGCCUCCCUGCCUCUGCCAGCCCUAAAGACGUCAGUUUUGUUUCAAGGGGAGCUUUAGGGCACCAACAGAGAAACCCAGCUUUUCCUGAAAAUGGUGUUCAACAGCAAGCAGAACCUUUGCUUCCAAAUAAUAUGAAGCCUGUCUGUGAAAAGCGUUCUGGCUGCUGUAGCUCUCCUCAGCCUAAGCCAAAUUAUCCCCCACUUUCUCCACCACUGCCGCUGCCCCAGCCGCUGCCUUCAGUUGCUGAGGCUCGUUUUGGAGGGUCCUCUGAUCAUAUUGAUUCCUCAGUUACGGGGGUUCAAAGAUUUCGAGAUACCUUAAAAAUACCAUACAAGCUGGAGUUAAAAAAUGAACCAGGAAGAGCAGAUUUGAAGCAUAUUGUUAUAGAUGGAAGUAAUGUUGCAAUUACCCACGGUCUGAAAAAGUUCUUUAGUUGCCGUGGGAUAGCAAUUGCAGUUGAGUAUUUCUGGAAGCUUGGCAACAGAAACAUCACUGUGUUUGUCCCGCAGUGGAGAACAAGACGGGAUCCUAAUAUCACAGAACAGCACUUCUUAACCCAGCUCCAGGAGCUUGGAAUAUUAUCUUUAACUCCUGCCCGGAUGGUCUUUGGAGAAAGAAUUGCUUCUCAUGAUGACAGGUUCCUACUGCACUUAGCGGACAAGACUGGGGGUAUAAUUGUAACAAAUGAUAACUUCAGAGAGUUUGUGACCGAGUCAGUGUCCUGGAGAGAAAUUAUUACAAAAAGACUGCUUCAGUACACGUUCGUGGGGGACAUAUUUAUGGUUCCUGAUGACCCUCUGGGAAGAAACGGACCUCGGCUAGAAGAAUUUCUUCGAAAGGAGGUCUUUCUUAGAGACAUGCAGCCGCUACUCAAUGCCCUGCCAAGUGUGGGCACAUUUGACCCUGGCUUCCGGAGUCCCAACACCCAGGUAGCCAACACCAGCCACCAGCCUCCAUCCCGGAUCCAGGCAUCUUCAAGCCCUUGGCUUCCCCAGCAGCCCCACUUCUCCCCCCUGGCCACCCUUCCCAGUGUGCAGCAGAACCUUCCCAUGCCAACACAGAGAUCUUCUGCAGAGACCAGCGAGCUAAGGGAGGCGCUACUCAAGAUCUUCCCUGACUCUGAGCAGAAACUGAAGAUCGAGCAGAUCCUGGCAGCUCAUCCCUACAUGAAAGACCUGAAUGCCCUGUCUGCCCUGGUGUUGGACUGAUGGCUGGGCUAGAGCCCACUGAUGAUGGGGCAAAGAGGGAACUGCCACCCGUGGGAAGUACCAUAAUGUGAAGAAGCCUUCCCAGAAAACAUUGCUGUGUUGUAUAGAAAAAGGAGGGAGAUGUUUUAUGUAUACAGAAAUCUGGGUUUUCAAAGCCAGCUUUUUUCUAUAUAUAAAUUAUGCUGCUAUUACAGAUUUAACAUUUUCUGUAAAAGGAAAGUACAUUUUCUGCCUGUUCAGAACUGUUUAAUAGCAGUUACUCUUGAGUGUAUUUACAAUUUUAUGUUUUUUAAAACUAUUUUCCUUAAAGCUGAAGAAAAAUUGACAAAUGAAUAUGGUUAGCCUUUCUAAAUAAAAUUUUAAGAAAAAUAUAAGAAAAAAAAAAAGGAGCUGCUUCCUUACGGAAAGCAAGACUUCUUAAAGUCUAUUUUCUUGAGGUAAUCUGUCCUGUCCACUAAACAUGGCGUGUGCUCCCUGCCUUCAUCCCUACAGCUGGCCUGCUCUGUUCUUGUGGGGCCUUCUUAGCGAGGCCAUUGUGAGAGUGGAGAAUCGGAGCCACUAGAUGGCACCUGAUGCCUGGGCUGUCACCAGUACGCAGACAAAGUCAGACUCUGAAGAGCAGGUGGGAAGUCUUCGCGGCCGUGUGGCCUCAUCCUCCUUCUCCUCCGCUGGACAGAGAAGGGAACUGAGUCCCAGCAGACUCCCUGACUGGCGUAGCUCUGUAGUGCACCCACUAGUCCUGGCUGCCAUGCUCCCAACCUGGCUCCACAGCCACCUUCACCUCAGAAGGCAAGGUAGGCUGAAGCCUCUGGUGAGGAGACCCCAUGUGGAGUUUGUACAGCUUUGCCAAAAAGUUUUCUAUUCUCAAGGAUGACCCAAGCCAAUAAAUAGCAUUAGUAGUUUCAGAAGGGACAUCAAAGCCCCUGUAUCUCCCUCCUUUUGUCUUCUUAGAAGUUUCUUAGCAGCUCUUCCUGAGUCUUUCAGAACCAGUUAUCUCAGUAUUGUCUCUUCUCAGUGUAGCUUGAAGUCUGUGUCUGUGAAACUCUUCCUGGUCAUUCUUAGCAUCUUGACUCCCACCUGGACCUUCAAAGGGCUUUGUGUUUUCCAUCCAUGCUGUCUCUAGCCCUCGUGCUUAGAGUCACUGCCCUGUGGAUUGUUUUUCUCCUGGUCCCACAGGUAAGCGAGGACUGGACUUGGUGCUGGUUUGUUAGCCAUGGUGCAGGGACUGUAUAGAUCACAGAAUGCUGCCACCGUGCUGUGUCUUGGUUCAUUUGAUCCCUGCAUCCCUCAGGAGAUGAAUACAGAGCCUUCUAGGUGGCUACACUUCUAUGUUCUCUCCUGAACUUGUUGAUGAUGCAGCCUGCUGGGGAGCUGUUUGUCACCUGUCACUAGAGUGUUUCAGACCUGCAGGCUCUGCAAGUAGAGAACAGAGACUUCUGGCUAGCCCCAGGAGGUGACCCACCACAGUUCCUCACCCUGUGCUUCAGCUUGGGAACACAGCAAAGGUGCCACGGUGGAGCUGUCUCCAGGGCUUCUGGCCUGGUCAAUCCCAGUCCAGCAUUGCUGGGAACCAGGAGAGCCAGAAUGCUCCAUAGUUAUCUCACCCUGAUGCUGGCAGGGAGGAGUGCGGGCUAUCAAAGGCCCCGCGGUCAGCCUGAUCUUUGAGUUGUGUGUGCCUCUGUAUUCUCAGUAUUGUUUCUGAGAGAUACCUGCCCAUUUCCCCUUGUUCUAUAUAGGAGGGAGGAAAAAGCUGGAGGAAACCAAAAGGCAUUAAUUACUUUGUAGAUUACAAUGUGAAAUAUAAUUCUAGAUUCUUUGUGAAAUCUGUCACAUUUAGGUAGAACAUUUAAAGCCCAGUUAUCCAGCCACUGAAGAAAGCUCACAACUUGCUGCUUUGCCUCAUCCAAAGCUCUGUUGCUGCUAGGUGCUUGUAGAUGCUUGACCUCUAUCCCUCCAGUGCCUCCACAGUGAACUUGGGAGUGUCUUAGAAUUCCUCCCUAUGUGGAGUGCCUCUGCCUCCUGUGUAUCCUGACAUUUGGGUGAGGCUGUCCAGUGCAGCUAAGGCUGGCACCUUUGGUCAUUGGACAAGGUGUCUGAUGGACUUCGUGUGUGUGUAGUGUGUGUAGUGUGUAUGUGUGUGUGUGUUGCCAUAGCUGUCCUGGUCCAGUGCAGUUGGCAGGCUCAGCUGUAUUGCUAGGACUUGCUGAACACGUAAGGCAUGAAAGAGAACUCCACUUUUCCUUGCCAGUCCCAAGAACCUAGCCCUCCCCCUGGGAGUGGCAUCUAUUGCAGGUCCUCUGCACUAGGCUGACCCAGGCCCUCGCCUGCUUCCCACACCUCCCCAGUGCUGGCCCUCCUCAGCUUUCUGAGCCACCUCAGCUGGGUCCAUCAGUUGCCCUGUUUGCCUGCAUUGUUACUUGGUACCUCUGAUUCCUUUCGUUCACACAGCCUGUGUUCUGUUGCUAAAGCUUCUCUCUGGCUUCCCGCUUUCCCCUCCCCAGUUUGUGGAGUAGCCUGGGAAAUCACUGGUUGCCCUGUCAUCCUUAACAGAGUAGCUACAGACAGCAAAGCCCCUACUUUCUUAACCUUACUUUCUUUGUUUUCCUCCUGGAAUUGCUCCCUUUCUUUCUUCUCCUUGAAGGCCCGUCCUUAAUGCAGGUUCUCAGCAGGUGGUUCUCAAGCUGAACCACCCUUAGGGCUCACAGAGGAAAGGGCAGCCCUUGCUGAAUGGCAAGCUGUCCUCAGUCUUUCACUACCUUGAGUGGGGGCACUCUGCUCUAGAGGAAAGCCUGGCGCUUGGCAAUGCCACACAUCCUAAGUGGCUGUGGUAGGUGAUCUGGAACUGGACUUCCUUAGGCGUCACCACUCUCCUGACUACCCUCCACUCUGACACCAGUCCUCUCACUAGCCCUGUGGAGUCUUGGCUCCCAGAACCUCAGCCUACAUCCUGCUAUCUCUCACCUAACCCUGAGGUCCCUAUAUCCUUCUUGGCCCUUGGCUUGCUACUUACUGCCUUCCACCUGUUCCCACAGUCCGCCAUGACACUGGUCCCUCAUUGGUUACCUUACAGCUCUUCCCUCUCCCUAAUUCCAGGGGAUGCCAAGUUCAUUUAGAGGGCCAUUUUGCAUCAUCCUCUUCCUUCUGUGACCUGUACCUGCGACCAGAGCAUCCUACCCUCUGAGCCUUGUGUCCACAGCUGCUGCCCCUUGGCUACACUUGACUGUCUACUUUCUAUCUCUCGCCAUGAUCUUCACUCUAGCCACCCAGAUCUAGGUUCCCCAUGGGCCCUGUUCAUGUUUAUUCCUCUCAUAGAAAUGCCCUUCUGCCCUACAGCCUGCCACCUCAAAGGCCCAGCCCUGAGUUCUCUUUGUGUUCUGAGCAGAAGCAGCUCUACGCUAUUCUGUGGCCCCACAGCAAAUUGGUGUCUCGCUUCUGGCUCUUGCCACUCUGGCAGGUGUAGCCGCAGCCAACUGUGUACUGUGUUGCCUCCCUCUAGACUGUGAGCUCCUCGUGGGCAGGGACCAUAUGGUCACUCUGUAUCUCUUGUGGCACCUAACAGUGCCUUGCACUUGGUAGGUGCUCAAUAAAUGUCUGUUCAAGUGAA